AUGGCCACCGAGGUCCCACCUUUGCGCAUCCAAAAGGGCGGCGGAAAUGGGCUCAGCUCUUCGCCAUCUAAACUGCCGCGAAUAAGUAAUCGUCCUCUUUCCGAACUGAGCCCUAUGGCAAUUCGCAGAAACUCUCCAAGUUUCCCGCAACCAAAGGGCAAGCUACUCUCAAACGAAACCUCUCCAAUAGGCUCUUCACCUUUUUCUUCGAGUUCACCACGUCUGUUUUGGCAGGGCCGCGAUCCCAGCUCUCCUGCGAGAGAAAACACCGAAACUCCUCCUGCCUCCUCCCCGCCAAAGCGCUCCUCCAUUGAGAACCUAAAGAAGGCCUCGAGGGUGAAAAACAGCAGCAUGUUUGCCCUCGAGCAGAGUACUCACUAUGAUCCUUCGCGUCCAUCGAUUCUUGACGGUCGCCCUCAGAGCAUGCAGUUUCUACGGCAGUCCUCGCCAGUUCGAAGUCCCGAUGCUGUGCGAAAAGAAAACAUUGCCCCACUGGACAAGGUCUCAUCGUUUCAAUCGCAAGAGAAGCAGCAACAGGAGGAAGCUAAAGAUACAACCAAUCCAGUCACCCCUCUCUCGCCAAGUCGAUUGAACAGCUCGCCAGCAAAGUCGUCCCUGUCAAAGAAAACCGGGUCAGCAUUCAGAAGCAGUGGCUUUAACCCUGAGACUGGCAUUUGGGAAGACGAUGACGACUUUCGAGACAGACAACUGCCGGCUGGCCGUGGGUUGCACCGUCAUCAAAAAAGUGUUACUUUUGACCAGGCGCCUCCACAGAUCAAUGAGUACGAGAUGACUACACCAGCUCCUUCGUCAAUUGCGUCCGGAUCGCGCGAGGGUAGCUAUGAGUCCACCGAUGAGGACGACGAGGAUGAUGAGGACGAGGAGGCAAGCUUGGAGAGGGUUUCGUCAAUGGAUCACGACGACAGCUUUGACGCGUCCCUUGAGGACACUGAGAAGACACCAGUGGUUCUGCCCGAGGACUGGCGCUUUAUGAGCCCCGAGAAUGCCAACACUGACCUGUCUCAUCUUGAAGAAGACGUCUUCGAAGAUGACUGCGGCAGUCCUGCCCCGACCGCCCAGCCAAGUAUUCCAUCUUACCGCCCUCAUCAGACAAGUGCAAGCUCAAUCGACUCUAACGGACAGUCUCGCCCUCUCCCACCGCUUCCGCCCAUGAUCGGAUCACAAGGCCACUCCAGGUCUGACAGCUUGUCCGGCGCCUUUGAGCGUAUAAGCGUCGCAUCACGAUCUCUUCCAAGCACACCAUUGGCAGCCAGCUUUUCAAAGGCGGACAUUCAAAAGAUCGGGAGUGGGAGUUCCCUGUCAGCGGAUGACAGAUUGAGAUUGAUGGCACUCCAGGAACAGGAGAGAGAACGUCGGAUGAGGCGAAUGGCUUCCAAAGACGCUGUCCCCUCUCGGAGCACCAGUAAUGAAGACUCGCUUGCUGGCGAUUCACAGCCAAUCCAGUCUGGAUCGGGAAACUCGACCCCACAGCUGUCAAGGGCAUCGAUCCUUGAAGGUCUGCGUGGUCGAGUCGGCGUUGGUAGUCGAGAAGGCAGCGAGGAGAUUGCAGAGACGACUCAACAGCGGGAUCUCCCCUCUCUUGAUCCUGAUGUUCCAAUACCCUCAUUGGAGGAUCCGACACAGCCACGUAUCAAAAUGGAGGAGGAUGAAGAGCCUGACCUGUACUCCAUCCCGGAUAUGUACAUGGGACGUACUGCUUCCGGUUCAGACGUUAGCACCAACCAUGAUGACGACCUCACAAGCCAAUAUUCGCAACCCUCACAAGCAUCUUUUUUCCCUCAAAUGGCUGAGGAAGGAGACGACACUCCCAAAGCACAGAGUCCAGCUCGAGAGUUGAACGCAAAGCCCACAACGACUGAACGUGUGUCUUUGCCAGAUUUCACUGACUUUGGCGACACAAGCAGUUUCGAUAUCGGCCUGGCUCCGUAUCUGACCCAGAAGGACGAGAGUGCGAAACCAGCCACCGUUGUCGCGGCACCAUCUCAACUGCCAGACCUCGCUGCUCUCCGCCAGUCAAUUCAGCGGCCAUACACUCCGGAAGUUCAGCUCACAUCAUUCCAAAGCCCCCCAAAAUCCAGCCCAGAACAUGCAGCACCAGGAACCCCUGAUUCUGUGGUUAGACACCCCGUCGAACAUGCAGAGUCGCCUAGCCAUGUCAGCAUGGACCCAAGAGUGGAUGAGUUGGCUGGACAAGCACAAAGUGACCGUUCAAUUAGCCCCUCCGACACGGGUUCGGUUUUGGUGCACGAGAAGGAGAUGUCUCCUGUGUCCCCUAUCUCGGACACUUUCGAUCAAAGCGCCGAAAUAGCACAGAAUAAUUCCACGCUUCCGGAAGCAGCAGAUGAGAAGCAACCCGAAGCAGACAAGAAAGAAGGCGAAAAGAAGCGGACUAGCAGCCUGCUGCCGUUAGAUAUCCCCCACACAGGAUUGGACGAAGGCCUGGGAUUGGGUCUCGAGAAGGAAUUUGACCGGGUAGUAGAAGCCCAAAAGGUAGAGUUUGAACUCUCAUUGCAACGUCUUUAUUACCCUUUUCACGGACGAUUCCCCUCCAGUGAGCUGCCCGAGGCAAUGGAGUUGAAAGGAGGCAACCCUAUGGAGAACAUCCCUGUUCUCCCCAAACCUCGUGGAGCGCGUCCCCUACGUGCGGCACAUGUUGUUAUUUCUCCCGACAGAUGUAUUGAUGAAGAGUCAUUUGCUAAUCGAGCUGGCCGUCGACAGAGAGGAUACCUGAUGAGACAAAACACCAAGAUUGUCGUCGCCAGCGAACGGAUCUCUCAAGAUGAGUGCAGAUCUCCUGGCCUUCCGGGGACUGAAGAUGGUCUGCUCGGCGUCCCCGCGGAAGCUAACCACGUUCAUGCAUCACCGCGCAAGACGAGUCAGCCCACCUGGACUGCUGAGCCAUGGAACGGUAAGGUUCGGCGUAAGAGUAUUCGAGUUGGCGGGGAAAAGGCUGUCAGUAAGAGGAAGCCAGUCGAGGGGCCUGUGCCGCCUCUUCCAGGACAAGCAAGCAAUGCGCAGGAGGGCCUUGACGCUGUUGCUGAAGAUGACAUCGGAGAGGAAGAGGAGUGGGAGGAUGGAGCCGAACGUGGCCGACUUUUUGUCAAGGUGGUCGGUGUCAAGGACCUGCAGAUGCCAUUUCCCCAACACGAACGCACUUUCUUUGCCCUCACGCUCGACAAUGGUAUGCACUGUGUGACGACAGCUUGGCUCGAUCUGGCUCGAAGUGCACCUAUUGGACAGGAAUUUGAGCUGAUUGUCCUCAAUGAGCUUGAAUUCCAACUCACACUGCAGAUGAAAUUGGAGGAGCCAAAAGUGGAACGGCCGCAAUCGCCAUCGAAACCGCCCGCAUCGCCUAAGAAGCAAGGAGCCUUCGGGAGGUUGUUUGGGUCGCCCAAGAAGAAGAAGGAGUCGGAAGUGCGAGCUCAGCAAGAAGCCCAGGCGGUCAGAAGGCCAGUGACACCACCUUCAGCAUAUGAACUGGUUCAAGGCCUGGUGGCCAAGGACGGCUCCUUUGCUCGAGCUUACAUUUCGCUCAGCGAGCAUGAAAAGCACGCAUACGGCAGACCGUACACGGUGGACAUCACCUGCUUCAACGAGUGGGCGAUGGAAGAAGUCCAUGUGGGUAGUUCGAGGAGCAAGAAGAGCGUGACGCAGCUCCAGCGUCGGCCGCCUUAUGAAAUUGGCAAACUCGAACUCCAGUUGUUGUAUGUGCCGAAACCGAGAGGAGCCAAGGACGAUGACAUGCCCAAGAGUAUGAAUGGCGCGAUUCGGGCCUUGCGGGAGGCUGAAGAACGUCUGGCACAACAAGCAACUAUCCAGGAGUUUGAGGGUUACCUGAGCCAACAGGGAGGCGAUUGUCCGUACUGGAGACGACGGUUUUUCAAGCUCGCCGGAACCAAGUUCACUGCAUUCCAUGAAACAACGCUUCAACCCCGGGCAACCAUCAACCUUGCGAAAGCUACGCGGCUCAUUGACGACAAGACGGCGUUGACGCAGAGAGAGACUUCAACCAAGGGAGGUGGACGGCGCAAGAGUGGGUUCGCGGAAGAGGAAGAAGGAUACAUGUUUGUGGAGGAAGGAUUCCGCAUCCGCUUUGCCAACGGAGAAGUUAUCGACUUCUAUGCCGAUUCGACAGCCGAGAAAGAGCAAUGGAUGCAAGCGCUGUCGCAGGUCGUGGGCAAAGGCGCCCAGAGCAGCUCGGCCCCGGUUAAAGGAUGGGCAGAAAUGGUGCUCCGGCGGGAGAAAAAGAUGAAGACAGCAGCAGGCGCAGUGCAACGGCCCAAGGCCGGUCACCAACGAACGGAGACGUACCAUGCCGGUGGCGGAAUGGGCCAGACGCACAGUCCCAUGAAGGGGACGGUGGGACGUGAGGAGCGGCAUCGAAAGACCAAGAGUAUGUAUGCGUGA